AUGAGUAAAGCAUCUCACCCCCGAAAGAUAUCAUCUUCGGCGACAUUGUCCACCCCGGCAAAGGUUACAUUCACCUCUCGCGGCUACAAACUUGCAGGCCACUUCUACCCUCCUGUUAUCGAUUCUCCCGCCCGUUCUGGAGCAGCUGUCGUCAUUGCCCACCCUUGGACCUCAGUCAAAGAACACCCCCCCACCCACUACGCUCGCGUCCUUUCUCAGGCCGGCUUCUAUUGCCUCGCCUAUGACGCGGCCUACCAAGGAGAAUCCGAAGGAGAGCUCCGCUACCUCGAAGACCCCGGUCAGAGGGUUGAGGUCAUCAAGUCGGCGGUCACGUACCUCGUCAGCCGCGAUGAAAUCGACUCUGAGAAAAUCGGCGUACUGGGAAUCUGCGCAUCAGGCGGCUACGUCUCCUUCGCAGCACAGACCGAUCUCCGAAUCAAGGCCGUCGCCAUCUCUGCCGGCGUUUGCUCGGGCACAAUGGCGCGCCGCGGUCUCGAUAAGGACGGAUCCAAUCUUGACAUGCUCCGCACCCAGCUCGAGGCCGCUGCCAGAGACCGUAACAGCGACGUUACGGGAGAGAAAGUUGACAUUAUCCACAUGUUACUCGAUGAGUUCGACCCGGCCACCGCCUCUAUCGAAAUGCCCCAGUCGUUCCGCGACCUGGCUUCGUACUACUGCACUAGCAGGGCCACAGCGACUCACCCUCGAGUCCCUAACCUUUGCUUGCCGCGAAGCUGGGACAUCAUGGGCAAUUUUGACGCCUUUACCUGGAAUCAGCUGAUCAGCCCAAGGCCGUUCUUGGCAAUUACUGGGACCAAAGCUGCUUCGAAGUGGUAUAGCGAGGAUGCUGUUGCAAAGGCCAAGGAGCCGAAGGAGCUGCUCGUUAUUGAUGGACUUACCCAUGCCGACUUGUAUGACAAUGUGGAGGUUGCCGGCCCUAAGCUCAAUGAGUUCUUCGGCAAGUAUCUAGUCUAA